CACACUCACACAGCCCCCAGCACACAGCUUACACACACAGCUCCCUGCACACAGCUUACAAGCUCAACAGCAGGACACGCAUGGGCCUGCCCGGGCCGGUGACUCACCUCCACUUCUACCCCCCCCCACCACCACCACUCCCCAUCCACCACCAGCAGGCGUGGAGAGCGAGGAGGAGGGAACUGAGAUGAUAAAGGCGACACGUGCCAGGCGAGGAGCGUGGCUACUACCGUCGGACCCCAGCCACAGAUCGCUGCCGCAGCAACCUCCUCCUGCUGCCCCUACCGCUGCGACCACUCCAACACCGCAGCUGCUGCUGCUGCUCCUGCUGCUGCUGCAUCUUCCCCUGCUCCUCGCGUCUCCUGCGAAGAGGAGUCCCGACAGAGAGUGGAGGAGAGCCCAGAUCAUGGACGUCAAAGCAGACGGGCGCGUGGGGAAGGCGACACCAGGGGUGGAGGACGCGGAGCAGCAGCUGGAUGAGCAGCAGCUGGAUGAGCAGCAGCAUCAGGCGACGCGUCUGAAGGUGGCGUCACGGGAGGUCGUGGCGCUGGUGAACGAGGAGCACGGCUGGGUACUCGCAGCACGCGGAGCCGCCCUGGAGGCGAGGAAGUGCUAUCCCGACGCUCCUCAGCCUCCCGGCUCCGUGGCCACGCUGUACCGCUACAAGAGCUCGAACCCGACCGAGGGUUGCGACUUCGUGUCGCUGGGUUUCGGUCAGAAGAUGCUGUGCGUGGGACCGCCUGCAGAGCACCCCACGGUUACGCUCAAGGAGUGCGUCAGCCCCGAGACGGUGAGCCCGCUGGACAAGGAGUCGUGGCGCUGCGUGUUCCUGCGGCGCGGCAGGAGGCACGGCACGGAGCUGGAGAGCGCCGCGUUCCGCGGGAGUUUCCUCAGCGUCCCCAACCACGGCGCCGUGGGCCUGCAGCGCCGCGUCGCCGGCUCGGUAGCGGCCGAAACCAACUCGAACCCCUGCCUCUUCAACUUCGUCCCGGCCGUGCGACGGUGACGACCACGGAUCGGCCGCGGACGGCGCCACCACUUAGCGUGUUCCGCCAAGGCGGCAACGGCUCCCCCCACCCCCCCACCCCGUUCCUCUGUCGCCAGCCAUUUGUUUUUCUCGCCAAGGUUUCGCCGGCGUCGCGGAGAAAAGCCGAGGGUCACGUCCGGGGGGCAAAAUCCUCGCCACGAGCACCACGACCGACUUCGUUACCGAGCAACGGCCCACGGAAAGCGGAUAUCCUAGAGCUACUUCCGAGCGACGCUCUCCGGCCCCCCGACCCCGCUCAGGUUGAGCGGGGGGGGGGGGGGGGCAGGGCCCGCACCUCUCCUACCUCGGCCUGCCGCGGGAGAGUAAUUGGGCGUCGGUGCCGACGGCAGGCUUUUUUUUUUUUUAAAUCGCGAGCCCGCCCCGACGCUCUUGGUCACGAUUGCUCUUCGUAAAAAAUAAAAAAGAGGCUCGGACACGAAACAAAACUUUCGUGGUAAAAGUUGCGUCGCUCUUAGGGACUUCGCUGCGGUGGCAAGAUCUUCCUCGCCUGGUAUGCAGGAGGUCGUGGGUUCGAUCCCGAUCCCGACGCUGCCUGCUGUAUAUUUGGAGUUUGUGUGCGUCUCUCUCUCUGUCCGUGAUCGUGUGGAGUUCUCUCCGGGUCCUCCGGUUUUCCCCUCCACGCGUUUGACUAUUUGGGAGCUAUCAAUGUUCACCUGACAUAAGCCACUUCGUUGAGCUGAGCUGCCAUUUGUGGCCAUGUUGCUUCUGAAAAUAAAGAGCUACAUAAGCUCGGUGGACCUUACCUGGUAAAAUAUAAAAAAAUAUAGUAAAACAAAAUAGGUUACCCAUGCGCGUACACAUCGAGCCACAUGUAUGCCUACCUACCUAUACACCUACCCAUGUACUUGCCUUACCCAUGUACCUCUACAAUUGUAAAGUAAAACAUUGUUUUGGGUAACACCUGACACACUGACCAAAGCACUGCCCAACACUUGUGGAAGCCACAAAAAUAAAAACCACGUAGUGAAAAAUAAUUAUUUGAAAAUAUAUAACUUUCCUUGCCCUCGUCCAAUAGCCGUGGGGCUUCCGUACCGCUAACAGGCCCGAAGGUAAAAAAAACAAAGAAUGGCGUUUUGAUUUGCACCCGGCGUCGCCAACGCAUAUUUGCCGACCGGAACAAAGGCUGUUUUUUUUUGUUUGCGUGCGUGGAAGCGACACCGCAAAGCGGCGUGAGCGGGAAUCGCCGGCACACACGCUUCAGGAAGCCAGCCGCAGCAACAAGAGUGGUUUAUGUAUAACAGGGCGCGCGAUGUAAUCCACGAGCGAGCACGGUUGUUUUCAUUUUCCUUCUCUCCCCGUGUCCGAAGCGCGGCCGCGCGUUGCCCGACCACCACAGUUGCCCCUUUUGGAAUUUCCACGAUGAAAAUAAAAGAUUUGUGAAGCGCA